GCAAGAUUUACUUCCGCGUUAUUUGCGUGGUCUGAAGAAAAUGAGAGGAUGCUUUUUGAUGAAAAAUGGAACAUAAUCCAGAUAAAUAUUUUGUCCUGCAAGGUCGCAAGACACCAGUCAGGGAUAAAAACUCAGGAUAUCUGACCAACUCUCAGCGAACCUUGAGCACAAAGAAUUUGUCACAGACCUCAACUUUACACAACACCAGAAAUGGAGCAUGGACAGGGCGAGAGUCGUUCAGGGACACCAGGCAGUCAUGGGCAGAAGGUCCUUCACCAGAAAACCCUUACGAAGAGAUCCAGGACAACCUUCGGGCUAAGAGUUCUGAGCUAAGCCUUGAUCUACGAAGCCUCAACAGCAGCCUGAACAAAAGCCUGAACAAGAGUGUGACUUUCAGUGCAGCUCUAGAUGCUUAUAAAAAGCCACGAGAUGAAGACGAGAACAGUCUCGAUGACACGUUUGAAGAGGAACUUCAGCGGCUGAUUGCAAACGAUGCUCGUGAGAAUCAUCUCCAAGAACAAAGCCUUGCUGGCAAGGUCAAGAAUAAAGCCACUGCGCAGUGGUUUACAGAUCCAAUCCAUCUUUCACAAGAAACCCAGUAUCCUGUCUUCAAAAGUCUAGGAGCUAAUGAACACACGGUGUCAUCAGUAAAAAGGACUACGGGUAUGCUAGGUACAGAAAUGGCCCAGAAGAAGGUCGCGUCAAGCAUCUCAUCCGAUGAAGAAGUAAGGAGGUAUUUUCCAGUUACGUUCAACGAAGUGCCAGCAGUCAUGCAGACCCUGACACCCCCGCCACCUAUGGACUCAACCACACGGAGUGUAGUAGACAGGACUACAAGGAGUAUUAUGAGUGAUUCUGGUCCAAGGAGGACCAGUUCUAGCAGGCCUCCUCUCCCUAACGGCAGACCAAUGAGUUCCUCUGGCAGGUUUAACAGUCAGGACAAUCUGAAAGCUAUGAAUAGGUCUUCAUCUAGGAAUGGCUUCCCCACCAAUGGAAUGUCCCUCCGACUCUCGCAGGGUGUAGCCACCCAGGAUCCACAAAUGAAGGCAGUGAAAGAUUAUAACUAUUUAAAGGCAUCCCAGGAGUUUGUAGAUGAGAAAGUGGUGGCGUCUCCUUUUGAAUACGAGCUGUCCAAGCUCCGCAUGGAGCGUCUCAGGAUAGAGGAGCAGAGGAUCCUGGAGACCAAGAGGCAGGAGGAGCUGGAGCGAAUCAGAGGUCCGGUACCAAAGUGGUACGAGAUGAAGACGCCCAACUUCACCUACGAACAUGCCAAGAACAAUCAGUUGAAUAGCAGCAGACAGAACUGGCAGAGCCUUUACAAUUAUCGCAACAAGCUGCUUUCUGCUUCACAAGAGUUUGCCAAAUCCACUAAUUGAGUGUGAUCAUCUAUUACACGUAUAUAGUGUUCUUAAGCCCAAUGGAGGCAGGAUUUGGAAAAGACAGUAAUGGCAAAAUUUCAUGUGUUAAUGAUCGGCUAGAUAUGAUUUUGAGGAGGUUAAACAAAGAACAGCUGUGCCCAAGAAUGCUCUGUAUAAAAUAGAUUGAUCUGUGUGUUGUUGCAUACAGAUGUGACACACAUGCUGCUUUUCACAUCUCAUUUUGCUGACAUGUUAAGUCUAAUAUCAGGUUGUGGUGGAUUUGUUUGUUUUAGAAAGCAUGGGUAUGUUUGUAAAGUAAACUAUAGGGGACCGACUGCUUUAAGUCCUCUCUGUGGGACGUGGUAAUGAGGAUUAUAAUGUCUUACCAAAGGAAACUAGCGCGCAUCAAAUUGGUUUCGUUCCCGGGGCCUCCCAUUUAUGAGACCACUGCUCUACCAACGAGCCAUCACGCCUUACUCAUGUACAGUGACUUUGUUCUAGAUAUACAUGUACACAUGACACGGUAUUACAGUGUAUAGUAGUAAAUCAUAAUAUUGAGAGCAAUUGACCUCUAUGUAGAGAUGUGAUAGUCGAGUGGUUUAAACACUUGGCUGGAGAUGUGAAGGUUGUUGGUUCAAUCCACUUCAAUUCCAGCACUCGUAUCUGUAAGCAGGGCAUUUCAUCUACAUUUUUUUCCUCUCCUCCCAGGUAUUAAAUGAUUUCCAGUAAGGAUGGGCAAGUUAUUGUAGAUUGCUUCACAUUGUGAGUGUUGAUCUGCAAAUAAUUGGAUUUGCCUGACGCUCUCCAGCGAGGGGGAGGUUGUAUGCAAUUGAGUGCAAGAAAAUCUGAAUCUCAAGCAUGAACCUGGGGAAAUAAUCUGUAUAUCUGUUAGAUUAGUUAUGUUAAAUGUAUCAAGCACUAGAUACAAAUCCAAACAAUUCGUAUUAUGAAGUGAGUAUAGAUGUUAUUAAUAUUGAAAGCAAUAUGAAAUCACCUUGAUACUUUAUAUGUAUAUAUAUAUAUAUUUUUUUCUUUUAUAAAUAUGAAUAUGACCUACAGGGAAAUGACACUCAGUAGAAAACAUCUAUCUGUUUUUAGAUGUGGGCGAGUUCCAUUUGAUCGAUAUUGUAUUUAAAAAGAAGAUGCUUUAUAAUUUGGUGUAAUUUGAUGUAACUAUCUGAGAGUAUAAUACCUUAUAUUUUCUUGACCCACGACUUGAAUCUCUGCAGAAAGCACAAUUCCCUUUAUACAUGAAUGCUUGUGUACAACUAUGCUGCUCCAGACUAUACAGUAUGAUGUUUACAUGAAAAUUAAAGAAAGAAUUUCUUUUCUUUGUGCCAAUCAGUGCUUUUUUUGAAAAUAAGUUUUAGGAUUGUUUAUAUUUAUCAAUCUCUAUAUGCAUUUUACUUUUAUUUAUGGCUUUCUAACAUGCCUAAGCUUGUUUACUUUUAUUUUACAAAAGGUAAUAUCAAUUUUUUUUUUAUAAUACAGAGUUGGAUUCGAUGAAAAAAGUGUCUCGUAUGUUGAUGAUCUAGAAACACAAUUACAGGUAUAUUCUAUUUUUUUUUUUAAAUUAGCUAUAAAAAAAAAGUCAGGUUUAUUUACCCAGCUGGAAAAAAAAUGAAUUUUCUAAAUCUCUUUUUUAAAUUAAUUUAUCCAUGGGCAUAAAACAUGAAAUGAGAAUAGUAAGUAAGCUUGGUGUGAUCUAGAGCUAACAAAUAGUAAGUAACACGAGGUAUGAUGGGUACCUGAUUU